CUCUCUCUCUCUCUCUCUUCUCCCCCGCCAUUCUGCUCUGCUCUGUGGCUCCGCGCUCCCGUGCGCAACGGCUCAUUCCAACUCUCUCUCUCUCUCUCUCUCUCUCUCUCCUUGCGCCGGAGCGGAAAAUAGCAUAGCAAAACCGCAAUCCCAGGAUCGCAGGAAGCGUGGAGCUUCUCUUCCUCUUCUCUCCUUAUAUUCACCACCGCACACGCGUCCUCCCGCCACCACCGCCCAUUCUUAGCCUGCCCCGACCCUUCUCCCCAUGGCCUCUUCCCUGGCCGCCAUGCCCCACGACUCCGCACCAUGGAGGGACCCCUCCACCUCCACCUCCACCUCCAGGCACAGGCGCUUCUUCAACGUCAACGUCCUUAUACCGCCGCCGCGCCACUCCUUCUCCGACGCCGCCGCCGCGCCCGCCGCGCCCGCCGAGCCCACGCCCAGGCGCAGGCGGAUUAUAGCCUCCGAGCCGCCGCCUCCCGCCGAUGCGCGCCGCCGCGACAGGGAGGCCGAGCUGUCCGCGCUCGCCUCUGCCACGCGCCCCGUUGCCGCCCGUGCCGCCGUCUUCCGCGCGCCCUCGCCGGCGCCGUCCGAUGCCUCCUCCACGACCACCGCCGGCCCGGACCUGCCGCCGUCGGGCCCGCGGGCGUCCUCGCUCAUCCAGCGCUGGCGCGAGAUCGAGGCCGUGGGGCCCGUCACGCCCCGCGUCUCCGGCGACGUCACCUCUGAAUCCGAUGGCUCGCCACGCCGCCGCGUCGGAUGCAUCGUCAAGAAGCUCAGCGGGGCUGCCUCGCUUCCGGAGGAGGACCUGGAGGCCGCCAAUAACGAGCUCCCGCUCUCGCAGUCCGCGCCUCCGUCGCCGACCCAGCUGCGCAACGCAGUCGAGUCGCUCGCCCUUCAUAUCAAGGGCACUCGGCCGCCCAAGCUGGUGGUCAGGACGGUACGCGGGCGCCGCGCAGUGGAGGAGCUUGUCGCUCGGAUGGCACAUCGCCGCAGGCGAGAGCUCGCUGCGCUCGCGGAUCGACACGCCGUCUCUCGGUUCGGGCACAAAGGCAGGAUCCAGUCCAUGCUUCGUCUAAAGCUGCUGCGUCACGGAGAUGCUAUUAACGAUGAAGUGUGGAAUCUACUAAGACCGGUUAGGCCACACCCACCAAAAUGCAGACCUGAGGCAUCGAGAGACGAUAGCAGCAAGACAGAUUCACAAGAUGCAAAUGAAUGUAGUCUGCAAAAUAAUAGGGCUGAUGAACAACAUAGUGAUGAUAGAAAUCCAUCUGCGGAGAAGUCUAUUGGGCUAGCAAUUGAGAGCCUUGUUAACUCCGACGGUUCAGGAAAUCGACAAUAUGAUGAGAAGAUAGACACAAAGGGAAAUCAAUGUCAGGAAGAUCGUGUAAACUUGGUAAACUCGUGUGUUCACUAUCAAGAAAGUUCUAAAGCUUCAAACUUUGCAAGGUACGAUGAUCAUCGUGUUGUCUACGAUAAUCAAUAUAUGGAUGAUAUCUCCCCAAGUACCAUAAGCACAUCGUGUGAACUCCAAGAAACUCCUUCAUCAAGAGGUGAAACUUUACGAGAAGAAGACAACCAAAGUCUGAAUGGUUCUUGGGACGAGAGAGCACUAUGGAUGAGCAGUCUUGGUUGGCCUGCACCAGUAGAUUCCAUGAGUCCGGACAGCUGGCAUCAGGGCACAAUUGGUGAUAUGGAGAAUCAUAAUCAGAUUGAAUUUAAUGAUCGGCCUUGGAUAGACUCCCCUAACUCAUGGAGAUCAUUGCAUAUUGCCACACAAGCAGACUGUCGAGAUUUGUCUGGCAAUGCUGAUAUUUGUAAUCUUCUUGAGAGCAAAAAGGUCUCAAAGUCCCUUGAUAGUGAUUUUAGCAAUAAAAUGAACCAUCUCCUGAGAGCAAUUCUGCAGAAGCAAAGACAACAACACAUGAUUGAUGAAUUUGGGGGUUACUAUCCGGAAAACUUAUACUGGCAACAGAAUGAUGAACCCCGGAAUGAAGAUCAGGUGUCAUCUGCACCGUGUUCAUUAGCACCUGUCUCCCAUGUCACAGCCCACCACCAAGAGAAUUGGCAGCACUCAUCAUUUGAACAUCAACAACAUGAAAAUCAAAAUUUGUUUGAAAUGGAGGUCAGGGUAAGAAGCGAAAUGGCCCAGAUUCAUCAUGAAAUAUAUGAACUACGUAAGUUGGCGGAAACUUGUAUUGCAUCCCAAGUAAAGAUGCAGCAUUCCAUUAAAGAAGAGGUGUGCAGCGCACUUCGAGAAGCUGGGUUGAUGCCAAGCCAGCCUGACAUAACAGCAAAAAAGGGCACGUGCUGCAUCUGCCAUGAGAUGCAAGUUGACUCUUUACUGUACAGGUGUGGCCAUAUGUGCACCUGCUUCAACUGUGCUGAUCAGCUGAAAUCAAGCAGCGGGAGUUGCCCAAUCUGUCAAUCUCCUAUCGACGAUGUUGUUCGGGCUCACCUGAAUUUUUGAGACUUAGGAUUUAGGAAGAAGAAAGAAAAUAAGCCGACACUCCCAGCUUUAGAAGUGGAGUUGGUGAAGCCCUGGUUUUGAGGAGGCUUCUUGCCUUUUGUUGACCACUAAAAACUAUAGGAGCUAGGUUUUCUCGAGAAAAUGUAAAUAUGUUUUGUGCAACUGCGACACGUGUUGACUGGGAGGCAAACAUAGAUCUAAUCAAAAUGCUGGUCU